AUGGGCGUCUAUGAUGAUCGCACUCUCCAUGUGCCUAGACAUGCAGGCCGCGACGUUCUGCCUUGCCAUCCACUCUUCAAUCGCUUAGCAAGAUUUGCACAUGCAGUUCCAGCAAGGCUAUGCAUCCGGGACGUCAACACUGGUAUCGAAGCGACUCACUUGCAGCUGCUGACCGACGUGCUGGCCUUCCGAGAGCGGAUCUGGCAGCAACUGAACCCCGACGUUCGUCAGGCCUUGGAGCAGCGGCAGGAGGUAUAUAUUGCCAUACUGGCCGCAGGUGGAUAUGAGUUUGCUGUGGCUAUUCUCGCGGGUCUCGCCCUGGGAGCUGCAGUGGUUCCCAUGACUAUCGCUCUGCCGGCAGAGGAAGCUCUCUAUUUCGCAUCGAAAUCGAAAGCUGUUGCAGUCCUGGUUUCAGAUGGAGCAUUGCGUUUGGGCCUGUCACUGGAGAAGCUCGUGAAAGACCAGAAUCCUCGCAGCUCAUUCGUGUGUAUACCGGCUGGGCCAUCACUGAUGAGCUCGACGCUGCACCCGACCGAUAUCAAGGUCUCGUCAGAUCUGUAUCUCGACGAUAAUGCUCCAGGAGUGGUGAUUUUUACGUCAGGAACGACCGGCAGGCCCAAAGGAGCUGUAAUGCGGCGUGGUUUUAUCCACGAUGAGGCUUUGGCUAUCGUGGAUCACUACCACAUCACGCCAGACGAUGUCCUCCUGCAUGUCUUGCCAGUACACCAUGCAACCGGGAUAGGAAUGAUGUUCUUUCCAUUCUUGAUGGGCGGCGCAUUGCUCGAGUUUCGCAGCGGCAGUUUCAGUCCAGAAUGGACGUGGGAGCGCUGGAGGCGCAGGGGUGCGACAUUUUUCUCCGGUGUUCCAACCAUUUACAUGCGAAUGAUGCGAUACUUUCAGCAGAAAAUUUCCAGCACUCCUGACUCCCAGCAGUAUAUUAAUGGUGCGAGAAGUCUCCGAGCUUGUAUAUGCGGCACAUCGGCGCUGCCAAAGCCUAUCGCAGAUUUCUGGAAGGGCCUUCUUGGACGCCCUAUAUUGCUUCGAUAUGGCGCAACAGAAAUCGGAGCGGUCUUCAAAGUGCGCAUGAAUGAUGAAAAUGUACCUGAUGGCUCUGUGGGCACCCUUUUCGCAGGAUGUGAUGUCAAGCUUUCCGACGGCGAUCAGGGCGAGGUGCUCGUUAGGUCCCCGGGCAUGUUCAGCAAAUACCUCUUUGACCAGCAAGCGACAGCAACAGCACAUACAAAGGAUGGAUAUUAUCGGACUGGGGAUAUUGCUCGGCGAGAAGGUGAAUAUUUCUGGAUCAUGGGUCGAGCUUCUGUGGAUAUCAUUAAGUCGGGCGGAUACAAGAUCAGUGCACUUGACAUCGAGCGAGAAAUCUUGUCGCUUCCAUACAUUGCAGAGGCAAUGGUAGUCGGAGUGCCGGACGAUGAAUUCGGGGAGCGUGUAGCAGCAGCCGUGUGUCUUAAGAGCGAAGGAGAUAUGGCACCGGAAGACCGACAUCUCCUCGUUGAGUCCCUGACCAUCUCGAGAUUGCGCCAAGAUCUUCGCCGAAGGCUCGCGGGUUACAAGAUGCCGACGAUCUUGAGGGUGAUACCGGACGAGUUGCCCAAGUCGGGGACAGGCAAAGUCGUCAAGAAGCUACUUGGACCAGAAUUCUUUCCGCCACAAGAAUACCAGAAAUUGAAAGCAGUCCAGGUAUGGCGAAGAGAGGCGCCGAAGCUGUGA